AGAGUUGUUUCGUUGGCCUAAAGAUCGCUAAAGAAAUUGGUUGUCGUCGUAGAAGAUGGUGAGCGGAAUGGACGCCAAUAAUUCCGCUAAUAAUGACGCUCUGAAUGCGGACGCCGUGAGCGCGCCGUCGCCCCAAUCGGUGGGCCGGGAGUUUGUGCGCCAGUACUACACCAUUCUCAAUAUGAAGCCCAAUCUGUUGCACAGAUUCUAUUCGGAGGACUCAUACUUCGUGAACGGGGCUCUCGACCGGCCGGGAGAGGUAUCGGUGCCCGUCUUUGGUCAGGAGAACAUCAAUAAGAAGAUAAUGUCGCUUAACUUCAAGGACUGUCACGCGAAGAUCAGACAAGUGGACGCCAUGGAGACCAUUGGCAAAGGUGUUGUCAUUCAGGUGUCCGGCGAGCUGUCCAAUGACGGCCAACCGAUGCGCAAGUUCUUGCAGACGUUUGUAUUGGCGCCGCAAUCGUCCACAAAGUAUUACGUGAAGAACGAU